AUGGAAGAACUUAAGCACUUUCCGGAAAAGAGUAUUCUUCGAAAACCGUUCCGUUUGAAUCGUGAACAGCCACCAUCAUCAUCAUCAUCGACUUCAAUGCGUAAACACACUCAAAAACCCGUUUUUGAGGGUCGAAUUAAGGCUGCCAUCAUUUUAGAUGAAUCAGACCCCUCCCUAUCCCCAACUGAAGUAUUUGAAGCCCUGCAUGAAGAUGAAUCGGAUAAAAAAACCCCAAUUGAUUCGCAAAGUCGAAGAAAAAGUUGGCUACGACAGGCUAUUUCUGUUGAUGGCGAACGGGUACCCGGAAAACUACUUCAUCAGUGCAGCCUGGAGCAUGGUUACAUUCGACAUAUUUCCACUUCAAAUGAGGAAGCUGUUCAGCAAAACAAUCAGCAAGACAAUACCGGUGACGACAAUGACCUUGAAGAUCUCCAAUCUCAGCGCGCUCUGGUUGAAGCGGAAUUGAGACGUAAAGCUAAAGCUCCCCCAGGACUCAAGAUCCGUGACCUCCUUGCAUCCCGAUCGAUAAUUGAGGACGAGGAUGAUGAAGAAAAUGAACGUGGAGGUGGAACUAUUAGUAAUUCCAGGGAGGAUACUCCAGUAGCAUCCGAGGAAACGAAGGAAACAAGCGAUCAGAAUAAUGCUCAAGCGAGGGAUUUAUGA